AUGCCUCUUAGCCCCGGAUACGGUCGCUUGAUCGGACUGGGCCUGAAGAAAGUUCCUGUCGGUACAACCUUCGAUGAGUCAAGUAGUGAUGUUAGUCAAAGUUUCGGACAAGCCACAGAAAUUUCUGAUGCUUCAAACUCAGCAUAUGUCAUGGAAAAGGAAA